GUGCAGCCCGACGGGGGUGGCGGGGGCACGCUCUGGAGUGCCGAACCCCAUCUGACGGGCGCCCCGGGACCGCGCCUAGAGCGGAGACGCACCGGGAGGAUGCGAGCUCCGACCGGGAGGAGGGGGCCGCGACUCGACCCGGCCCCGGGGAGGCGAACGACCCGCGCCCCGACGCGGGAAGCACCCCUGGAGAUGAGCGCUUCUCCGGAAGCGGGCGCCAGCGAUGAUUCUGGAGAACCCCAAGGGUCGCAGAUGUGGGAGGAGCCGCCGCUUCCUGGAGAGGAGGAGCCACAGGACUCCAGGUUGGAGUUGUCGGAGCCCCCACAAGGCACAGUGGUGGGUAAAGAAGAACAAGAGCUGCUGGACAAAGCCUUCUUCUCCUGGGCAGAGUUCAGCUGCUUUUUCGACCAAUGGUGCCAGCAGCGGCUGGUGGUCUUUUCUGUGAAGAGCUCCACACAUGUGGCACGCAGCCCCUGGGCCAGCACACCCCCACUCUACCGGCUCAUCCACGUGCUCAAGUACAGCUACGUGCUGCUGGUGUGCAAAGAUGCGCGUUCGCCUGACCAGUCCUCAGCGUGGCCCUCCCAGCCCAGCUGCCCGGCCUUUAUCAUCGUCAAGCUGAGCCCGCUGCGGGACCGCCUGGUGGUGUCGGAAUGUCAGCUCACGCAUUCCCACCCCCCCUGCCCACACGAGUUUGCCUGCCACUUCCGCCCCGGGCACCUGCUUGGCAACGCCUGCCUGCCUGUGAGAGUCACCAACCAGAUCUCCAAGCAGUUCGUGGCCCCAGCCGAUGUGCGCCGCCUGCUGUCCCACUGCAAGGGUCCUGACCACGGGGUCCUGGAUGCCUUGCACGUGCUCGAGGGGCUCUUCCGCACCGACCCUGAGGCCAAGGUGAAGCUGGUGUUCGUGGAGGACCAGGCGGCCGUGGAGACCGUGUUUUUCUUGACGUCGCGCACGCGUGCGCUUCUGCGCCGCUUCCCACGCCUGCUGCUGGUGGACCGGCUGCCGGGGCUGCAGGGAGCGCUGGACCUGGUGUCCGUGCUGUGCGUGGACAGCGCGGGGCGCGCGCGGCAGGCGGCCUGCUGUGUGGCCCGGCCCGGCACGCCCAGCCUGCUGCGCUUCGCGCUGGCGUCACUGCUGCAGAGCGCGCCCGACAUCAAGGGCCGCGUGCGCUGCCUGAUCGCGGGGCCUGAGGUGGCCGGGCAGCUGCGCGCCGUGCGCCAGCUCCUGCCCUGCGCCCGCGUGCAGAUCUGCCGCGCACAGGGCCUGGAGACGCUCUUCAGCAAGGCGCAGGAGCUGGGCGGCGCCAGCCGCGAGGACCCGGGGCUCUGGCCGCUGCUCUGCCGCCUGGCGGGGGCCUCGUCCUACGCCGCCUACAGCGAGGCACUGGCCGAGCUGCGCGCGCAGGCGCCGCCCGCCUUCGUGCGCUACUUCGAGCACAACUGGGCGCCGCGGCACGACCUGUGGGUGCACUUCCGCGCCUACGAGGCGGCGCGCGACCUCGACUCAUUCGCGCUGGUGCACGGCCACCGCCGCCGCCUGCUGCGCCGCCUCAGCCCCCCGCACGGCGUGGCCCAGUGCCUGCGCGACCUGGUGGCCAUGCAGUGGGCCGACGCAGCCCGCGAGGCGGCCGAUGACGCCGCGCCCGAGGCGGCCGAGCCACCCGGGCCGCCGGGCCCCGAGUCCGGCCCCAGCCGCCGGCUGCGCGGGGACGCUGACAAGGGGAAGGGGCCGCUGGCCAGAGACUGGAAGGGGGCGCGGCUGGAGAACCAGGUGAGGGGCACCCGCAGGGAGGGGGGGCCCGAGGUGAGGGACUGGCGGGGUCCCCGGCCGGAGCCCCGCGCGGGACCCGAGCUCAAAGCCGCCCUGGGCGAACGGGGCAGCCGGGAAGGGAGUCCGGGGAGCGGCGUCCACGUGAAGGAGGAGCCCGGUGAGCCGAGGCCCGGGGGCGUGGAGGGCAGGAAGCGGCCAGGGCUUCGGAGCGCAGAGGAGCCCGGAGGGAGGCCGGCCGGGGGGAGGCCGGGGCCAAAGAGGAGGCGAGGCCUGGAGGACAUCGUCGUGGUGCGGUUGGGAGACACGAAGGCAAGCGACAUGGCGAACGGAGAUGGGGGGCCGGUGGGGUGCGGGGAUCUGGCAAGGGCCGAGCCGGCCGAGGAGGACAGCGGCGGUGUGGACGCGGACCCCGGGCCCGCGGGGCACGAGCAUCAGAUCGGCGGCAGCGGCGGCAGUGGCGAGGCCGGCCAGGAACCAAAGAGGCCCGGCGAGUCCCUGGAAGAGGAGGCCAUGGACUGGGAGCCGCUGGCCCGGUUCCGAGCCGCCUGCGGGCCCGAGCUGGCCGACCUGGUGGCCGAGGAGCUGGCGUUCGCCCGGCAGCACGGCGCGCAGAGCUUCCACUGGACCGGCGCCGGCUUCGCCCUCAAGGACGGCAGCUCCGACUUCGUGCUGGACCGCGCGCUGACGCACUGCAGCUGCACCAUCUACGCCGCUCGCCGCCUGCCCUGCCGCCACCUCUUCGCCGCCCGCCUGCUCACCGGCGCACCCUUGUUCCACGCCGACCUGCUCAGGGAUUGCUGGGGGAAGGCCCCGGCGCUCUGACCCCCCCACCCCCUCUCGGCCCCGCGCCGCGGAGGGAGGGUGUCCGCCCAUCCCAAAGAAAACGGCCGGACCCCAGUUCUCAGCCAGCCACCUCCUCUGGAUCCAAGGCCACAAGAGCAGACAGUGGUCGGUGGCCCCCUUUUCCCCCCCAGAGCACAUGGUCCCCACGAUCCCCAGCCGAGGGAAGUGCGAUGGUCCGGAUGCCUCCAAGGACUUCCUGGGGCCAAAGAGAAAGGGGCGACAUGGUGCUGGAGGAAGGCAGGCAGGGAAGAGGCAGAGCCGGGAUGGGGGUCACUGGGCUGUGCAGCGCGGCGGGGUGAACAGGCUGUCUAGCCAGGAAGAGGAAGAAGGACGAGUACUGGAGACGAAAGGGGAGGAGAGCAAUGGCGACAGGAAUCAGGAGCUGACACUUGAGGGGAAAUGCAGAGGGGAGGAGAAUUUUGAAAAGGAGUCGGACUGGGGAGGAAUGAGCAGUGAUUUGAGAUUUUGCCUCCUUUUUCUCCCCCCGGCGGAGGGAGAGGACACUGGCGGUUUGUUUGAAGCAGAGACUUCUGGGGAAGGGAAUUCUUUGAACUACUGUGCUUUGCGAUUGGAAUAAAUCAGUAUUAUUUUGG